CCUAUAUAAAAUAUAAGGAAUUAUUUUACCAGAAGUGCAAUGCUAAAACAACUCCAAGUAUAGUAUAAACAAAGUCUUCAUAUCGUGGGCUGUGCGGGUUUCCAUAACUAUAAGGAAACAGUCCAGGCAACAAAAGCUUAUCUGAAAAUUUUCUACGAAAAUCUCGUUUGCUGAGGUCCUACAAGAAAAUGCAACUUAACCGAGGCCUAGAUAUCUAGUCCAGAAAACGCGUGGUCUCGCCUCGAACGAACGGACGAAAGCAAGAGAAGACAAAAUUCUAGGCAGCUUUACUUAUUAUUGAGCAACCAGAUUGUUGAGUGUUGACGUUGUAGACGGAAUCUUGGCAAUUACACAACACAAAGAUGUCUUUUACAAAAAGCUUCCCAAAGAAGGCUCACACCCCAGGACCAAGUGAUUCUGGAGUUAGCAUACGGCUUGCUGAUGUUUCCACUCCCAACAGCAGUGAAUCUGAUGAACUGAAGAAGCUGAGCCCUGGGGACUAUGAGAAGUCGGACCUGACGAUUGACAUUGAAGAUGACAAGCUGGAUGCCGUUGAUGAUGAUGAAGAUGGAGAUUUAAACCCGCCAUCAUCAGUCAUAAGUUUUGUGAGAGAUUACUGUGGAUCCAAGUUAAAAUGGAUAGUGCUUGCAAUCCUGUGCAUGGCAUAUGCAGGUUACUUUAUCUGGGCGUUGGUUGUUGCUGCCAUCCACAAAUGCGAUGAGGACCAUGAUGUUGUGCCGCUCAUCUGUCUCACAGUUGCUGCUCUGCUCAUUGUCAUCAUAACAUUUGUGAAGAAAAGGUUUUCAGAUAGCAUCAACCAGUCAGUUCUUGUACCUCUGAACAAGGGUAUCAGUAACCACUGGCACAUUCUGAAAUGGAUCCUGGCAGUUGCACCUAUUUUGGGCAUUCUUGCAAUCAUCAUCGUGUCAGCUGUUCAAAGACCAUCAAAUCUCAUUUCUCUCUUUGGCUGGGUGUGUUUAGUAUGCCUCCUGAUCCUCUGCUCAAGAGCUCCAAGAAAAGUGAAAUGGAGGCCCGUUGUCGGUGGCUUUGCACUGCAGUUUUACUUUGCCACUCUGAUUUUGAAAUGGGACAAAGGAUACGACAUGUUUAAUGCUGUUGGAAAGGCAUUCACAACGUUUCUCAGAUACAGCGAAUAUGGGGCAGCUUUUGUGUUUGGCCAACAUCUGAGUGAUCGCGUCUUUGCCUUUAAGGUUCUUCCAGUAAUAAUUUUCUUCAGCUGCGUAAUUACAAUGCUUUACCACCUUCGUGUUAUGCAAGCCAUCAUCGGCAAAAUUGCCUUUGUCAUGAGAGUUACCUUGGGCACCACAGCCGCUGAGUCUUUGUGUGCUGCAGGGAACAUCUUUGUAGGACAGACUGAGGCACCAAUAAUGGUUCGUCCACUUCUGGCUCUCAUGACACGUUCUGAACUCCAUGCUGUCAUGGUUGGAGGGUUUGGCACCAUAGCUGGUGCUGUAUUGGCAGCAUAUAUUAUGAAAGGGGUAUCAGCAACUCAUCUACUGACAGCUUGCGUCAUGAAUGCACCUACAGCCCUUGCUGUUUCAAAAAUACUGUAUCCUGAGUUAGGCCGGAGCAAAAUUGCAAAAAUGAAGGAGGCAAUCGAGCAAAAGAAUGUCUACAACAAUGUGCUUGAAGCGGCUGCUGCAGGCGCAUCUACUGCCAUUUCUCUGGUAGCCAACGUCGCGGCUAACCUCAUAGCCUUUGUGGCCCUCCAGUACUUCGUCAACAAUACUAUCUCAUGGCUUGGAAGCUUUGUGUGCCUCCCUGAACUAAGCUUUGAGGUGAUCUGUUCCUUUGUGCUGAUGCCCUUGGCUUACAUCAUGGGUGUGGAGUGGGAAGAUGCUGGAACUGUUGCCGAGUUGCUUGGAAUCAAGACUUUCCUCAACGAGUUUAUUGCAUAUGACAAACUGUCAAGUUUUAUUGACAAUCGGGUUUUAUGUCGUGGCGGAACAGUAAUUUCUGUUCGCUCAGAGAUUAUAGCCACAUAUGCUCUGUGUGGGUUCGCUAAUUUCAGCUCCGUUGGUAUCCAACUUGGAGGUCUGGGCCCUAUGGCUCCUAACCGGCUGGGAGACCUAGCUCAGCUGGCAGUAACUGCUCUGCUUGGUGGCAUCGUCACAAACCUCCUGACUGCAUGUGUGGCUGGACUGUUGGUCAUUGAGACCCCCUUUGAUAUGGCAACCUGUCUGAAUACCACUGUUGAAGCUGUGAUGAAUGGGACUGUCUCUGCAGUGGUCAAUGGGACUGUUGCUGCAGUGAAUGGAACAGCCAUCUAGGUCAAAGCAGCUCUGAAGACCCAAAACAUAAAGAGAAAACUGCUGACUUGAGAAAGCCUUUGGUAUUAUACAAAAGCCUUUGGUUUACGCUUGAUAUGAAUACAGUAGUAUCCGCCUAAACGCACGCCAUACAAAAGCACGCUCCGCUCAAAUGCACGCUUUCGUCAUCUGACGUUUUUUUUUACUAUAUAAUUUAGACGUGCAAAGGCACAGUCACUCCCUCUAGUCCAAACGCACGCUGCGAUCCGCGAAACACGCCAACAGGUUAAGCUUGACCAGGAAAAAAAUUCACUACAACCUGCAUAGAUGGAGACUAAU